UGUGAAGCACGCUUAUUUAUGUUGGCUGUUGGCUUGUCGUUCGCGGCCGGUGACUGCUCACGAUCGCACACACAGCACAACGACUGCAGAAUUUGUUUUUGCUUCUAUCACACUUCAAAUCACAUUUAAUCUUAAACAGAAGAGCGGGUGAUGAAAUUGCACAAUAGCCACCUGUAGUCUGGCGAUGAGGAAACUGAACCAGUAUUCAAGAAUGACUUCACGACUCUUUACUCUACGCGCUACGCCACGCAUCCGACUCAUCUCGGGAGCUCUCUUGGUAAUCCUAGUCUACACCCUCUACUUCUAUGGCGUUUUCACCCACCUCAUGGAAAGGAACUACUACACUGAAUUUAGUUAUCCUCUUGAUGAGGAUAUCACCGUUUACAUUGAUCAACUUCGAAAUGGUGAUCUGUCUGACAGACCACCAAUCAAUGUCUACAACUAUUCCUUUGUGUCAGACGCUCAUGAUAAGUGUCUCGCAGGUGGGACCUUCAAUGAACUGCGGUUGGUCUACAUAGUGAAGUCCAGCAUGGACCACUUUGAGAGGCGAGAGGCCAUCCGUCAGACAUGGGGCUUUGAGGGCCGCUUCUCAGAUGUGCCCAUCAGACGCGUGUUUGUGCUCGGAAUGCGUCCCAACGACCCUCACCUGCAGGCCAGAGUGGCAGAGGAGAGCAAGAAAUUCGGCGAUAUUGUGCAGGCGGACUUUGUUGACACUUACUACAAUAACACCAUCAAAACCAUGAUGGGCUUCAAGUGGGCUCGGCAGUUCUGCCAAAAAGCCAAAUUUUACUUCUUCAGUGAUGACGACAUGUACGUGUCAACCAAGAAUGUCCUCCGGUUUCUGAGACAUCCAACCAAGUAUCCUCAGUAUCUGGAGGAUCCUGCUGGCUUUGUUGAGAGACACAAACCUGCUAGAGAGCCCAAACAGGUUCUGGAUUUUGAGCUCUCUGAUGAGGUUCAGCUGUACGCUGGGGAAGUGAGGAAUGUAAUGCCUCUUCGACAUCAGUCAAGCAAGUGGUACGUGUCAUUAGAGGAGUACCCCUUCCACAUGUGGCCCCCAUACAUCACGGCCGGCGCGUAUGUUGUGUCCAAGGCUACUCUGGACACCCUCUUCCUUGGAUCGCUGUUCACCAAGCAUUUCCGCUUUGAUGACAUCUACCUGGCGCUGGUGGCAAAGAAGUCUGGUGUUGACCCGUUCCACUGCCUCCACUUUCGCCUGAACCGACUGUGGUAUGACAGUGCUGUUGAUUACCAGUAUCUGAUUGCCAGUCACGAUUUUCCCAAUCCUGAAGAGCUCAAGCACUUCUGGGAGCUGCAGAAAGAAGCUGGAAACGCUUAAUUAAAUUAUAUAAUAAGGCCAGUAGAUAUUAAUCUCUCUCGAUCUUUACUCAUUGUAAGAAUUAAGUGCAAAAAUGAUAGUAAAGAGCCUCCUUUCAUUAUAUACUUAAUUUUGUUAUCAACGUUGCAAAUGAUUGCAUGAUUGAAAGCCAACAUUAGCUUCCGAUAGUUAUAGAUUAAGAAUCAAUCUCUCAUUCCUGUUGAUAAUUAACUGUAGGUCAGCUUUACAAUGUCAUUGCUGCCUGAGUGGCCUUAUUGCUUUGGGCAGGUAACAAUUUCUAUUGAUUGCUAGAAUCAGUCACCUCUUAUCUUGCCUUUGUACAGCAGGAACACAACUCAACUUAUAUUAAAUCAAUAUCGCUUAAGACUGUAUAAAAAUUAAUGGCUAUAUUGGAUGUAUAGGACAUUAGAAGAAAAUUAAAUUAUUCCUUGUUA